CCACGCACAAAUCCCAACCCCUUUCUCUCUCCCUCCUUUCCCCUACUGCAUCUUUUUCUCCCUCCUCUCUCUCUCUCCACCUUUUCACGCCCGUUGCUUACUCACGCUCCCCUCUCUCUCCACCUUUCUCUCACUUCGCCGCCACUCCCAGUCUGCCCCCUCUCUUCCUCUCCUCCUCUCUCUCUCUCUCUCCGCUCCUUACAGCUAGUAGAUUCUAGAAGCCAACAAAAACAGACGGAAGCAAAGCAGAGCAGAGGGAGAGAAUCGUGCUCCGAAAAGCAAACCCUGCAGCGCAGGCCGCAGGCUACCCAGCUCUCUCUCUCUCUCUCUCUCUCUCUCUCUCUCUCUCUCUCUCUAGAUCUACGCAAGCCUCGGUUUCCGCGAUCGCUACGGCGGUUGCUCCCGCCUCCACCGCGCCGCCGAGGCGCUGACGCUCUCAUGCUCCUGCGGCGCUCCGAGACAAUGGCGGUGUGCUAAUCCGAGCCCCGAGCGAGCGAUGCGGCCGUUCGGGCCUGGGGUUCCGGCCCUCCUACUCCUGCUGAUCGCCGCGGCGGUGGCAUUGCCUUGGCGGGCGCUCGCGGCCACCGACGCCGCUGAUGUUUCUGCUAUAAAUGGACUUUAUGUUGCACUUGGAUCACCAAAGUUGCCUGGAUGGUCUGCGAAUGGUGGAGAUCCCUGUGGUGAGGGUUGGCAGGGAGUCACAUGUAUUGGCUCGAGUAUAAUCUCAAUAGUUUUCAAUGCUGCAAAUUUGGGAGGACAGCUGGGCAGCCUGGGGAACUUCACUUCAAUAACUGAAAUAAAUCUUAGCAACAAUAAUAUUGGUGGAACUAUACCGGACGAUCUACCUGUCACACUGCAGAGUUUCUUUCUCUCAGAUAACCAACUCACUGGAAGCAUCCCAAUGUCAUUAUCAAAACUCCAAAGUCUAACAGCCAUGUCACUGAAUGGUAACCAUCUGGAUGGAAAAUUGCCAGAUGCUUUUGAUUCACUCACAGGACUUGUAAAUCUGGAUAUAUCUUCCAACAACUUCAGUGGUCCAUUUCCACCUUCAUUUGGAAGCUUGACAUCAUUGACUACAUUGCACGUGCAAGAUAAUCAGCUAUCUGGGACCCUUAGUGUCUUGCAGGAUCUCCCCCUCAAAGACUUAAAUGUAGAGAAUAAUUUGUUUUCUGGACCAGUUCCACCGAAGCUCCUGAGCAUACCAAACUUCAAAAAUGAUGGGAACCCUUUUAAUACCAGCAUAGCUCCCUCUACCUCACCCUCUUCAACACCUACAGGCCCCACACCAACACAAACACCGUCAUCUCCUUCAUCCAUUUCUGGAACCCCUCCACCAUCUAGUACAGCCUCAAACACUUCUGGUGGAUCUACUGCACGAGACAGAAGUUCUCCAUCAUCCAAGAAACACAAGUCUUCAACCCUCAGAACUGUUGGAUAUGUCCUUCUUGCUAUUGUGCUAUUCAUAGUUAUAGUACUGCUGGUAAUAUUUUGCCUGUCCAAGUACCAAGAGAGACAGUCAAGACGUGAUUAUGCCACAAGCCAGGUGGGGAGGAUGCGUCAGAGGGUAGAGGAGCCGAAAAUCAAGCAAGCUUCAGUGCAGUCAAGGAAUGAUGUGAAAAAAGGUUCAACUGAGAUUCCUGAUAGGAAGCAGGCUCGUGAAAUAAACUUAACAGUACCAGCUGCACUUGAGAAGCCUCCUGAAAAGAUAAAAGAGCAUGCAAUUAAUUUGGAGCGAACAGAAUCGGAGAUCUUUGCUGCAGCACCUCCGCCACCUCCACCCCCACCUCCACCGCCGCCGCCAUCACCACCACCACCACCUCCGAUCGAAAAAGUAACUGUAAAUCCCAUUGUCAGGCCAGAAAAAAGAGUUAGCACUCCUCCAAGGACAGGUCCCUCGACAUCUGCAACAUCCUUUUCUGUUGCAUCACUUCAGCAAUAUACAAGUAGUUUCGAAGAGCAAAAUUUGAUAAGAGAGAGUAGAUUGGGAAAAGUGUAUAUGGCUGAACUUCCUGAAGGCAAAUUACUGGAAGUUAUGAAGAUCGACAAUGCUAAUGGAAGAAUACCAGUAGAUGACUUUCUAGAGCUGGUUGCGCGUAUAUCAGAUAUUAGACACCCUAACAUUCUUGAGCUUGUUGGAUACUGUGCUGAAUAUGGACAACGGUUACUUGUCUAUAACCACUUCAGUAGAAAAACACUACAUGAUGUACUACAUGAAGGAGAGGAUCUAGAUGAUGCACUAUCCUGGAAUGCUCGCCUCCAGGUUGCUCUUCACGCAGCAAUAGCCUUAGAGUAUCUCCAUGACACCUGUGAACCUCCAGUAGUGCAUCAGAAUUUUGAACCAGCCAAUGUGCUCCUUGACAAUCGAUGCUCAGUACGUGUUGCUGAAUGUGGACUGGCAGAACUGAUGUUGUCAAGUUCUGUUACACAGUUAUCAGGACGCAUGCGGGCUCUACUCAAUUACGAAGCACCUGAAAUCCAUGAAUCUGGGGCUUUCACUAGUCGAAGUGAUGUUUAUAGUUUUGGUGUGGUGAUGCUAGAACUUCUUACUGGCCGAAAACCAUAUGACAGUUCUCGUCCACGUGCUGAGCAGCAUCUUGUUAGAUGGGCUGAUUCUCAGCUUCAUGACAUUGAGUCCCUGUCAAAGAUGGUCGAUCCUUCUAUUCAAGGAGAAUGUUCGGAGAUACUGUUGUCACGUUUUGCAGACAUCAUCAGUCAAUGUAUUCGGUCGGAACCAGAGUUCAGGCCGCCAAUGUCUCAAAUCGUCCAAGACUUAGCUAGGAUUGUAGGCGCUAGUGCUACUGGUGGGGAAUCAGAGUGACAAAUCAAGGAGGGACAGUACAUCUAGGAUGUCAGCUCACGCAGCUAGUGAAGACACUCAGUGAACACAUCUUUAGCACAUUGUGAGGGGCACCCUUUCAUUUAUAUUGGACAAGAUUGCCAUCUAGUGUACAUGUCAUUUUGGAGCCUCAUUUAGUUCUGGAAAGGUGGUAGUGGUACAACCAGUGAGGAGAUGUGGCUUCUGAUUGUUGACGAGCAGAUUCCCUUUCUUCUCUAGACAUGAUUAUUUCUCCUGUAGGCUGUAUCUCUUGUAACUAAUUAUAAUUUUUUAUUCAUUAAAGCUAGUGAUGUUCAUAAUGUUUUUAGCA